AUGGCAGCCCGCUUGGUGCGACGCUGCUGCUGGCGGCACCUCGGUGCCUUCCUCUCUACUCCCUCGGCGGUCCCGGCUUCUCUGCUGGUGCCGGUGGGGAAGGUGGCGAUGGCAAGAGCUCUGCCUCAAGCACCGUUCGCUUUAUUUCGUACUCUGAGCCCUUCCAGCUGGGCAGAUGGAUUCUCAGUCAGAGAGCAGGUGGAGGACAGCGGAAAUCCAGAGCACAAAGUGAUCGGGGAAGUGAUUGAAACGGCCACGAGUCCUCAGGAACUCCUCCAGUUGAGCGAACUCCAUGCUCUUAAUAGCAACGAAGCCUCGCUAAUAAUUACUCAACUUUCCCGCCUUGCAGUGGAAAAAAAACUGGAAACGGAGAGUAUUCUGCAAGAUGAACGUUUCCAACAGCUCAUCACCAUCACGGAUUCCCAGAUUUCUCAGGUGUGGAAUAACACCUUGGUGAACCUCCUGAAGAGCCUCUACUCCCUGGGGGUGAACAGCAACAGGAGGGAGAUGCAGUCGGUGGAGCAGGAGGUGCUGUGGCGGCUGCGGCGUCUCACCUUCAGGCAGCUCGCCUCCCUGGCAGAGUUCUUGGUGGUCAAGCAGGGGAAGGAGAGCAAGCUGCUGAACGAAGUCAUCAAGAAGCUGGAGCUGCGUUGGACAGAGCUUGAGGGCACCCGAACCGUGGUGACGCUGAUGGGCAAGGUCGGGCACGUGUCCCCAGCACUGAUGGACCGGCUGGAGGACAAGGCUCUGGAACUUGCUGAACAGUUCAACCCCGAUGACAUCCGGAAAAUAACGCUGGCUCUAGCCUACCAGAACCGGCGCUGCGUGCCUCUGCUCCGAGCCUUGUCCUACCACCUGAUUCAGAAGCACUUUGAGCUCAGCCUCAACGUCCUGAUGGACCUGAUUUUCGCCUUUGGAAAACUGAAUUUCCACCAGCCCCAGGUCUUCCAGAAGAUAGCCACCGACCUGCACCCCCACGUUCCCACGAUGACGCCCAUCGAGGUGACGCGCUGCAUCAGAUCCUUUGCCCUCCUCAAGUGGCUCAGCCUGCCGCUGUUUGAGGCCAUCGCGCAGUAUGCCAUGGACAGCACCAAGCAGUUGUCGGUCACCCAUCUGUGCAGUAUCAUCCUGUCUUUUGCUCGCCUGAACUUCCAGCCCAGUGGAAGCGAGGACUUCUUCAACAUGGUCCACGAGGAGCUCCAGAGCCAGCUGGACGGCCUGGAGCCUCACCUGCUGACGGACCUGGUGUGGUCGCUCUGCGUGCUGCAGCAGGCCAAGGCUCCCUACUUGCAGCGAGUGCUGGCGCCCGACUUCCACACUCGGAUCCGAGGCGAUCAGUCCCUCAAGGCCCAGAACUUACGGCAGAAGCUCAUCCACAUCAACGCUGCUGCCAAGCUGGAAAGCCCCGACUACCGGGGGCCAUUCCUGCCAGCAGAGAUGCUGAGCCCCGCGGAGCCGGCGGGGGAGAAGGUCACCCUGCUGCAGAGCAGCCUGCGGGAGGCAUUGGCGGGGGUGCUGGGCAGCCGGGACAACGGGCCGGCUACCAGGCUUUAUCCCUCCUCAGCAGAAACCGCAGCCCAGGGCGCGGUUGUGGAUGCCGAGAUGGUGGUGAACAGCGAAAAUAAACCUCUCCCCUUGAAGGACUUUGCUGCUCCCCAUCUGCUCCGCUCGGAAGGGACAAAGCCGCUGCCGCUGGGCGCCAGGAGGGUCGCCUUCCUCCGGUGGGAAUUCCCCAACUUCAGCAACAGAAGCAAGGACCUGCUGGGCCGCUACGUCAUGGCCCGGCGCCACGUCCAGGCAGCCGGCUUCCUUGUGGUGGAUGUUCCCCACUACGAGUUCCUGGACCUGAAGCUGGAGCGGCAGCGGACAGCCUACCUCAAAGACAAGCUCAACAAGGCCAUGGCCAAAGAGAUGGCGAGCUAA